AUGGCUGCGCUCGGUUUUUACGGCCUGGCGUAUAUCUCGCGCCUCUUCUCCUUCGCCUCUCUGGAGCCGGGGCUGGCCGACAAACUGCUCCGAGUGUUCUGUCCUCGGUCUCCGUCUCUACUGCUCUUCUUCUCUCUCACGUGUUUCUGGUUCUUUGUCCACGCCUUCGUCUCGCCCAAGCUCCCAGCGGUGCUUCUCCCGCCCUCUGCGCGGCGACAGCACACCGAGAAGACGGCGAGACUCGCGAAACUUGAACGGACCUGUCCAAAAAAAAGCGCAAAGUCCCCAGCUUCCAAAGCUGCGCGGGGGCCCCAAGGCGGUGCUUCUUCGGGCCCUCGCGGGGUUUCUGGCGAGGCUGUGAGCGACGAGAUAGCUGCUCUCCGCGUCUACUUCAUCAGUGCGAACGCAAACACCACUGCCUCUCUGCAUGCGCUCUACCUGGCGCCAGCUGCCCUCGUCCACGCCGUUCGGAGCGUCAUUCUCCCUGCGUCGCAAGUCCUGAUUGCUCGAGCAGCUUCUCAGGCGUACGCCGAAGCUCUCGCGCGCGGCACAGACGCAGCAGCCCGCAUGCAGGCGGAGCAGGCAGCCUUGCAGGCAGCGGCUUCCCAACAGGACAACAUCUGGAGCACGUACCUCGCGCACUGGGACGCCGCGCCCGACUUCUGGGACGGUGCACACGAUCCGCUCGUCGUCGUCUCCUCCUACAUAAUGGGGAGUUACUUUUUGUGGGAUUGUUUCGAGUGUCUACGCAAUGUGGAGAUCCACCAGCGAGCAUUCCUGGUCCACGCCCUUCUCAGCCUUCUCGCCGGCACGAUCCAAAUCGCGGCUCCCGGCAUCAAACUCUCAGGUUUGUGCAGUCUCUUUGCGGUCAGCGAGAUCUCAACCCCCUUCCUCCACUUUCGAUGGUUUCUGCUCCAGAAUGGCCAAGCAGAAACGCCCUUGUUUCGCUUUAUCAACGCCCUGACGGUCUUCUUGUUUAUUUCUGUUCGGCUCGUCGUUGUGCCGUUCCUCGUCUUCUGGCAUUACUGGAUCGACUGCGCGGUGUACAGACAGCACCUCAUUCCGCAGGCAAACAUUUCCACGCUGCGGAUGGUUUUCAUAAUGGUGCUCACUCUGGGGUGGACGCUGCUGAACUACUUCUGGGGGUAUCUUUUCUUCCGGUCGCUGUGUCGAAAACGGAAGGGCGGGAAGAAGGCGGCAGUCGCAGACAUGCAGGGACCGGACGAGGAGAGAAAGAAGGAAUGA